UUUCAGUGGGGGACAGUCUCGCUUUUUAUGAAGAGAAUACUCGAGAUUUUCUCUUCCCAGAGCCCAAGCUGACUCCUGUGUAUCCUGGUGUGGAGAGAGAGUUACUAAUGAAAACGUCUCCUAGUUUCCCAGGAAUUGCACCAAAAAUAGAAUUUUCUACAAGAACAACCAUCGCUGAGCUUCCACUUCAAUAUAGAAGGCAGUUUUAUCAGGGCAGAAACAGAAUGAGGAUACAAAGAUCUGCCUCUGUAUCACCCAGGCGAAGGAGCAUUUCACCAGCACGAUGUAAGACAACAAAGAAAAAGGAUAAUAAGAUCUGUAAGAGUCUUACAAGAUUAUUAAGAUCCCGCUCUCCAUCUCCAAAUGCUACAAAGCACCUAUGUCAGUUCUGCAAAGAAAACCAACAGCAGCAAUCAAGGCUAAGCCUGGGAUCUCCUGGGUACAAACUGGAUGCUGAAACCAGGCCACCAUUUGUUGUUAGACAUGUAGACAGUUCUAACCCAUUUGGUGAAAAAACUUCAUUACGGUUACCUUAUCAAAAUCCAAAACCAAAUGUGAGCUCAGCAAGGAAUUCGCUUGAAUUUCAGUUGAAACGAGUUUUAUCUUUUGAUAGCUGCGAUGCAUCAAAUUCCUCAGUUAAGGUUAUCAGGGAACCGGAUGAACAGGCCACAUCUGAACAUGAUUCAUCAUCUCUUGAAACAGAUGAACUUGUAAAUUACCCGGGCAGUUCUCCUGCUCAAGGAGAUUUGACAUUUCACCGCACAGCGUCAUUUGCCACCUCCCCACAUUACAGAUCACCUAGUCCUGUUCGGAGUCACUCUCCUCUGCAACACAGGUUAUACUCCAAUCCUCACUUCAGUUGGGAAAAGAUCCACAAGAGAGUGCAAAAUCUCCUAACCUCAAACCAGGCAAAGCAGAGACUUUCCUUUGGAGCCACUGAUUCUGAAAUUGAUGAUGUCCUUGAAAGAAGGUCCAUCUCUUUGAGGAGUUCCCCUCAGGAUGACUCACUGGAGCAAAGAUAUUACUAAGCAGUUGUCAUCAGAAAGCAGGGACAACUCAAUGGCUGCUGGACUCCAAUUUGAAGAGUUGAGACAGACAUUUCCAUCUCAGAGUUGAUCAGGGGUUCAUUUUCUGUGUGGCGUUAUGUCUAAUCUCUUUCUUCAAGUGAGACUCUGUAUUGUGCUAGAUAAGCACGGCUGAUUAAAUGAUUGCAGUGUGUGGCUCAGAUAUCAUUUUCAUACGAGUGUACAUAUAUUAGCUCAUUAAGGACUAAAAAUAAUAAUAAUGGUGCUGCAGAUCUUUGGGCUUUGGUUGUUGACAGAAUUUUCUGCAAGUAUCACAUUUGGAAUUACCUUACCUGCGACUAUUCCAGCAUUAGAACUGACUAUCUAGAACAAGUUGCUUUUUUCAGAAGUCAGGUCUCUUCUCAAUAUAUGCACAUCAUUCUCGUUGGUGCACUUGUAUAGAGAGGAAACAAGACCCUUUCAAUACUGAAUUACAGUUUGACAUACAUUUUUUCAGACAACCAGUUAAAAUGAACCUAUGUUAAAUGUGUAUCCUUUCUUGAAACAUUUCUUUUAAUAAAGGAUUUCAAAUAAUUGCAUUAAAUAAAAUACUUUUAUUUAAAAUGAAUUUGUAAUAAAAUUAUGAAGAUAGCAUCUAGAACCUUCUUCUGCAUGUUUAACUGUAGGGUUGUCUGGUAAAGCAUCAUUUAUGGUGUUAUGCUAAGUUUUUAUUCAUAAUAAUACAAGAAAAUUAUUGUCAAAGGCUUGCCAAGUACAAACAGACCACACAGGGUACAGAGAAAUAAGAGAGAGUCAUAGAUGCAAACAUUGGAAGGGAAUUAUAAGAGAUCUUUGGAAGGAAACUAGAGGUUCUGCUGUAGCCCCACUAAAAUGCAUUGGAGAGAGUCAGAAUGAAAACAGUGGCAUCAUCUCUUCCAGUGCCUUGAUCUUACCAAGAUCUAUGCAUAUGGUUAGCUUUUUGCGGUGAAUGGGACUGCUCACAGUGUGUAAAGCUAAGCACAUGCUCUGUCUUUGGAGGAUGAGAGUCUAACUAAAGACUGUGAGUCCGACUGUCCUCAUAGACUUAUAGACUUUAAGGGAAGGGACCAUCAUGAUCAUCUAGUCUGACCUCCAGCUAACCCUUAAAUGAACCCGUCUUACUCAUGGAGGCGGCUGGUUGUUGGCAUCCUUUCAUCUAUAAGAGAUGG